UAGGCCAUGUUCCGAUAUACACUGCCAGCACUGAAAAUCUAUAAUACACGUAACGUGAAUUAUGGAUCUUUAGUUCUAACAAUAUAUCGGAAAACAUUAGUGUGUCUUUUGUCAUUCGAGUAAUAACUUGCACAUUGCAGAUUCUAUCGCAAAAUGAAGUUUAGCUGCGUAAUAUUCAUUUGUUCUUUGUUCAUAACAUCGGCCAUGACAAUGAUACAAUUCACUCGAGGUACUUUCGAAUCUUGCGAUCCAGACCAAUGGAUUUUGACAAAUACAAUUUUCGAAUGGAAAAACAACAUGAAAAUAAUUUCAUGUAAUGUUACUUACAAAGAGCCAAACAAUAGCCACACAAUCUACAGAAUACAUAUUAUAAUGGGUUGUGAGGAUACAAAUUCUAAUUGUACUAAAGAACCGAUUAUGUGGAUUGAUAAUAUCGACUGUAAUUCCCAGAAUCUCUCGCAAUCGGAUAUGGACGUUUGUGAAAUUGGAAAUGAACUGGGAACGUGGGAAAAACAGAAAGAAUUAUUACAAUACCGAUAUGGGAAAUUUAUUGGAGACUUGCUCUCUCAAAUGUUUUGUAUAAAUAUUAUUAAGGUUGAUUCAGAAUUUGAAUAUUUUUAAGAUUGUCUUUUCAAACAUGUAAAUAUCUUGCCAUGUAAGAAUUAACAUUAGAAAGUGUUUCUUCUCAUAUUCAGCUAUUGAUUGAUUGAUGACAUUAAUUGCUAUUGUAUAGGUUUGAUAAGACUAAAUUAAAUAAGACUAAAUUAAAACAUAAAUAAUCGAAUACGUAGAUUAAUAUUGAAUGUAAUCAGAAUUUAACGUUAUUAUAAAAUAUAUGCUUUUAUUUAAGCUCAAUUAUUUGACUGUUAUUGAAAAAAUUCAAUAAAGAGA